UGUCGUUGGCUUCAGCCUUCCCUUCCUUUCUUCGUUUGUAAAUUCCUCUAUCUUGCUUUCAGAUUCUACCCAUAUAUUCUCUUCGUGGUCUUCUUUUCUCUCAAACAUGGCUGCUCUUCAGAAACACGCUGUUGAAUUCAAGGAUCCACGAAGCGUAGAUCUCAGGCUUCACAGUGGUCAUCACGCCGGCGGAGAAGUAGAACCCACGAAGGCUCCGAUAAACGGACCAAAAGAAGAGCUGGAUUCGGAGGAGCGGUCCCCGGAGGCGAUGCAGGUUAUGCCGGUGGCGGUGCACGUGCCGCAAAAGAAGGCUUCGACGAAGGACCGUCACACCAAGGUAGAGGGGCGAGGCCGGAGGAUCCGAAUGCCCGCAACGUGCGCUGCUCGGAUCUUCCAGUUGACCAGGGAAUUGGGUCACAAGUCCGACGGCGAAACCAUCCGGUGGCUUCUGGAACAUGCGGAGCCCGCUAUCAUUGCCGCCACCGGCACCGGCACAGUCCCCGCCAUAGCCAUGUCUGUUAACGGGACCCUUAAAAUCCCAACCACCCCAUCCGCCAGCAACAAGCCCGAACCCGAUGAUCCACCCGAAAGAAAGAAACAAAAGCGAUCGACGAAAAGUUCACACGCAGAGCUAAACGACGGCGUUUCACUUUCCGUCGGCCUUGCCCCGAUAUCAGCAACGGCGACGACGACAAAGCCAAGCAUCACAACAGUUGAUAAUAUCCAACAAGCAACAAUACCGUUAGCGCAAGGGUUAGUGCCCAUGUGGGCGAUACCAUCAAACGUCAUCGUUCCACCGGGUACGUGCUUCUUGGUCCCGCCGAUGGGUUCCCUCGCCGGAACUUCCUCCAGCCAGCAGCAGUAUUUCGCCAUCCCGGUGAAUGCGACGCCUCUGAUAAACAUUCCGGCGAGACCCAUAUCGGCCUUCGUCUCGUUAAUGGAGAACAUUGUAGCGCCGGUUCAGCUCCAAGCGGCGACAAUACCUCGGUGCUCAACUGCUCCGUCCGGGAAACUGCCGACUGAACCGACGAUUCGAGCAACGAGCUCAACCUCUGGUGCCACUACCUCAAGCACAACCCAGACGCUAAGAAAAUUCUCAUUAGAGAUUUACGAUAAGGCGGAGCUUCAGCUCAAGUCCGGCUAUUCAUAGCCGUGAGGAAAACGAAGAAAACACAAGAAGCAUGUUAAAACGAUGCGUUCUGGAAGAGAAUUUCCCAGACGGAAGGGAAAGGUGGUGGGGUUCUCGUUAUCACGGAAUCCGCCAUUGAUGACGUGGGUGGAGGGUUUGCCGUCUGUGGAGUGGGAACAACGUGAGGUGGGAGGCGACUGGCGAGGGAGGAGAUCACGUGCGCACGUGAAGAGAAGUGGAUUACAAGGGAUGGUGGGGCCCAGUUGAGGUGGAGUGGGGCCGAAAGACUCAAAACUGUGUGCUGUAAAGCGAAAGCGGGAAGGUGGGGCUGGGGACACACACUCCUACUUGUUGCUUCUUGUGUGGACCGUGGAAAUUGGGACAGUAGAGAGAAAUUGUAUAUGAGGUUUUUCUGUUUUUUCCCCCUCUCUCUCUCUGUUUUUUUUUUUUUAAGAGCCUUCUGACUACUUGGGAAUAAAUUAAUUUCAUAUUAUAAAUGAUUUA